ACGCACCACAACCGUUCGAUUUCAUUGUGGAUGGACGGCUGCUGCGAUCCUCCCUGCGCAAGUGCCUGCUGACGUCAGCACUCUCCACGGAGAGGGUGAUUCCCAUCGAGUACACACUUGCAGUGCGCCCUCCCUCCGCCUCCCACUCUGCUCCGCAUGACGACUGGGUCUCUGCUGUCUCUGCUGCCCAACCCAGUGUGAUCGUGACUGGCUCCUAUGACUCGCACGUGCGCCUUUUCUCCGUCCCUCCUACCUCCGCUGCUGUGGCCACCCCAGCUGAUGCCACUGCUCAUGCUGCGGAUGCUGCUGAUGGGGCGAGCAGCAGUGCGAGGUGCAUUCAGGUGGCAGCAGCACACUCUGAUGCCGUCACUCACAUCGCCGCCCUGCCAGGCGCCAGCGCUUUCAUUUCUGCUUCUAAGGACCGCACGCUGCGCCUCUGGCAGCUCGCUGCACACACCACUGACGCGUCCUCCUCGCUGCGGGCAUCGGUAGUGGCAGUGAUGCGAGGCCACUCUGCGGCCGUGCAGUGCGCCGCUGUGAAUGCACGUGCUAAUAAGCUGGCAUCGUGUGGCUGGGACAGCACCAUCAAGCUCUGGCCGCUGCCAGGGCUGGGAGGCAACGCAGCAAGGCGGGCAGGGGGACUGGACGCAAGUGCAGGUGGUGGGAGUGGGGGAAUGGGGGAGGACGCGGGAGGAGAGGGGGAGGACGGGGAAGAAACGGGAGGAGCGGAGGGAGCGGGGCAAGCGCGGAAGCGAGUGCGGACGGCUGCAGGGGCAGUUGAGGCGGAGGGCGUGGCGCUCGCCCCAGAUCUCUCCCUAGACGCGCACACGCAGUGUGUGGCGGGCGUGGCAUGGCCUUCACAGGGCUCCUCCCUCUUCUCCGUCUCGUGGGACCACUCCCUGCGCUCCUGGGACGUUGAGGCUGCUGCUGCUGUCUCUGUGCGGACCAGCGCCCAUCCACUGCUGACAGUGGCAGCAGGGGGAGGCGGAAUGGCGUCGCUGGUGGCAGUGGGGGGCGCGCACCCCACCAUGCUGCUGUGGGACAUGCGUGCAGCCACGUCUGUGCUCUCCCCAUCGAUCCAGCUGCUGGGCCACACGGAUUGGAUCUCCUCCCUCGCAUGGUCCCCAUCAAACCCCCUGCAUCUCCUCUCCUCCUCCUACGAUGCCUCGCUCAAGAUCUGGGACCUCCGCUCCACUGUUCCACUUCACACGGUCAAAGCCCACUCGGAUAAGGUGCUGUGUGCGGACUGGUGGCAGGGCGGCAAUGCUGUGGUCAGUGGGGGCGCCGACAACCUCCUGCGCAUCUUCACCCACCACUCAUAA